UUGUUACCGUACAGCAGUACAAGGACGCGUGCAUCUCUAACCCCGGCCAACCCCCCCAGCCAAGAUCAACAACCACCACCGCCACCACCGACUACUAAUCUACUACCACCAACAAAUCUCAGCUCACGUCAAACUAGACACUUUACUCUACUCUACUCUACUCUACUCUACUACUACAAUCUUUAACUGAAUCACCAACGAUCCUUACAACAUACUCACGAAUCCGAUAUAUAAACCAACUCCAUCGCAUCACCACUACACACAGACAGAACAUACAAACCACACAAGCGACGCCGCGGCGGGAGCUACAGCCACCAGUACCCGAACACUGCGGGGCAGCGAGCGAGCGAGCGAGCGAGCGCACAUCUCCAGGCGACAACAAAGGGUCUCUCCCCCACCAACGGCCACCAUGGAGACCAACACAGGAUUACGCCGGAAGGACACCACGAAAGGCGCACCUCUGCGCGUCCUCUCUCUAGAUGGCGGCGGCGUGCGCGGCUACAGCGUCUUCAUCAUCCUGCAAGAGCUCAUGCACCGGACCUUUGUCGAGAUCGAAGGACGCGCCCCGAAGCGCUCUGAGAUCCCAAAACCAUGCGAUCACUUCGACCUGAUCGUCGGCACGGGCACGGGCGGACUAAUCGCGAUAAUGCUCGGUCGCCUGCGUCUCGACCUCGAGACAUGCAAAGAAGUCUACGUGCGGAUGACGCGCAAGGUCUUCGAGACCGACAAGACCAUCGCGGGGAUCCCGUACCGGAGCACGCUGUUCAAGGCGAGUAAGCUUGAAGAAGCGAUCCGCGAGUGCGUGAGGGAGCAUACGGUGUUUCAGAGCGAGGGGAAUGAUGGGGAGGCGUUUGAGGAUGUGCAGAGUCCUGUUGGGUAUCCGUUGGGUAGGGGGGAUAGUGGGAGGAGCGAGGGGGUGAAGAGGCAUCAUAGUAAUGCGAGUAUUAUGAGCUUUUCGGCGAGGGGGCCGAGGAGCACGUAUGGGGAUAGGAAGUGGUCCACUUCGGCGAGGUAUGGGGAUGCAAAUGCGCUGCUUUAUGAUAUGAGGGAGAAUCGCACGAAGACCGCCGUAACAGCAGUCUACCAAAACACCCCCAAAGGCGCCCCCCCCGCCCUCCUCCGCUCCUACGACUCCCGCAAAGAACCCGCCCCCGAAUUCAACUGCACGAUCUGGCAAGCCGGGCGCGCCACCUCCGCGACCGGAUUAGCCUUCAAACCCAUCCAAAUCGGGCAGUCGGUAUUCAUCGACGAAGUCCACGGGCGCUUCAACCCUGCCCCGAUCGCGCUGGACGAGGUGACGCUGAAUGAAUACCCUGGGAGGCCGGUGGGGACGUUUAUUUCUAUAGGUACCGGGAAGAGGCCCUCGAACACAGAUGCGAAUAGUCACCUCUGGUACGACGAUUUCCUCGGCGACUUCGCCGAGGCGCGACGCAGAUUAAUUUCCAAGAUCGAAGGGUGCGAGACGACGCAUCUUUCCAUGCCCGCCCUCCUCGCUGCCAGGAACAUCGAGAUAGACUCCUACAUCCGCCUCAAUGUCGAGGUUGGCGUCGGGGAUUUCGGGAUGAAUGAGUGGGGACGUCUGGCGGAUAUCUCGACGUCCACGAGACGGUAUCUCGCGAGGCCGGAUGUACAGGCUAUGUCACUCAAUGCCGCCACGCGAUUAGCACGCAUCUUUCUCACGCGUUUGCGUGGUCGUGAUCCGGCGCCGCCGCCACCACUUGUCCCGCCACCCAGGGACCCGAGGAGGAUGACUUUGCAGAAUGUACCGGAGACGCCGUACCCCUCUUUCGCGGCCGAGUUACCCGCUGAGGUACCACCUGGGUCUGCAGUGCCCGCAGCGCGGCCAAGUUCGCGACGCAGCUACGAUCUCGGCGCUGAAUCCCUCGGUGUACCCUCCCCCAUCCGGGGUAGUCCGAGGACAAGCGAUGAUGGACGUCCUGUGUCUGCUUUGUCUACUACACCUACUAGCGCUACUGCCGGCGGGGGCGGUUGGGGAGGAGGAGGAGAUAGGUUGACAUCCCAUGCCCCAACGCCGGCGCAGUACUGGACUGCGGGGGGACGGGAUAAGAUCGCUAUCGUGGAGGGGGAUGAGGAGCAGGGCAAUGGGGGGAUGGAACCGCCGCCGUUGCCGCCGAAGACGCCGAUUAUGGGGGUGCGGGAGCAUAGGAGGGUGCCCAGCUCGGUGUCGACGCUAGGGCCGCCGUAUCCGUUGGAUGAUGGACCGCCGCCGGUGGUUAAUAUGGCGAGGAAGCCGGAGUGGAAUGGGAGGUAG